AUGAGGAAGGAAGAUGGGGCAGGAGUCGCCAACUUCAUCAAGGAAAACAUAAUCUAUAGGUUUGGCAUACCCGAGGUAAUGUUGUCUAAUAACGGGAUUGUCGUUGUGAACUGCCAUGUGGAAAGGUUGUUGGACACCUACCAGAUCAAGCACCACAAGUCUACUUCGUAUUAUCCUCAAGGGAACGGACAAGCUGAGGCAACCAACAAGACCCUAAUCCGAAUACUGAGUAAAAUAAUGGAUGAAGCAGGGGGCACAUGGUCCAAACAACUCCUUGUAGCACUCUGGGCAUAUAGAACGUCAAAGAGGAAGCCAACUCAGGCAAUCCCAUUUUCCCUAGUAUAUAGGUCCGAAGCUAUGUUACCAGUCGAGUUGGCAUUACACUCAGCAAGAAUGGCUAUGUCAGCAUACUUAGUUCCAGACAGCAGGAAGAAUGACAUAGAGGCAAUUGAAGAAAGAAGAGAUCGGGCAUUGCGAGCAAUGGAAAAGUGUCAUCAGUCCAUAGCUCGCACCUACAAUCAAUCUGUUCAACACAGGAAGUUCAAUAAGGAGGACUUGGUAUGGAAAAUAGUGAACGCAAUCAUGCGAGGGCAACCAAUCCCCAAGUUCUUGCCAAGAUGGGAAGGCGCCUACAAAGUUGUUGAGGCAAGUAACAAUGGGUAUUACAAGUUGACAAGAGUAGAUGAUGGGUUCAGAACUGGCUCUAUCAACGCUAAGUAUGUAAAGGAAUAUUUUCCUUAA